AUGCUUAGUCCCAAAAGAACUAGAUUCCGUAAACAACACAGAGGAAGAAUGAAGGGAAUAUCUUAUCGAGGUAAUCAUAUUUGUUUCGGUAAAUAUGCUCUUCAAGCACUUGAACCCGCUUGGAUCACAUCGAGACAAAUCGAAGCAGGUCGCCGGGCAAUGACACGAAAUGCACGCCGUGGUGGAAAAAUAUGGGUCCGUCUCUUUCCAGACAAACCAGUUACAGUAAGACCUGCUGAAACGCGUAUGGGUUCGGGGAAAGGAUCCCCUGAAUAUUGGGUAGCUGUUGUUAAACCGGGGCGAAUACUAUAUGAAAUGGGUGGAGUAACCGAAAAUAUAGCUAAAAGGGCUAUUUUAAUAGCAGCAUCCAAAAUGCCUAUUCGAACUCAAUUUAUUAUUUCGGGAUAA